AUGAGAAGGAUACUACCAAUUAGCGCGGGACCCAUGCGACUACCUCCCAUACCGCUGCGUUUGGUGCGUCGGAUACUCCUGCUGUUGGUGGUACUGGUACUGCUAACCGCAGGAGGAGUAGCAAAAUGUGAAGUGCCAGACGAGGGAAGGAACCAAGUAGACACACGAAACACAACUGAAGAACGCAUUAUGGAUGUCCUAAACUCGGUUAGCGUUGAUCAGUCUAUUAAACGAGAAAGGAACAUACUAGACGACGUGGCAAACUAUAUGCACUAUUUGAGAAUGCUCAACAUGGUAGUCCCCCAUGAGAAUGUAGAAGGUGAGGGAUUCAUUAAUGUUGACACUACUGGGAAGGGAGCCAAGGAAAAGCGAAGAGUUCACAUUGUGUACUCUUCACAGGGGAACAAUUACAAAAAUAAUUUAAACGACGUGAGGAGGGAAGUUAAUAGAGUUUUAUUUACUUAA